CUCUGUGGUUUAUCUGUGGAUGGCGGUGCUUGGGGAGAUACGCCAGCUUAUUUAUUUCUGAAUAAAUCUUACGAUUGUUUAAGUAUUUUUGUGCUAUUUUGAUAGUUUCAUUAUUAUUUCUUAUUGAAAAUCUUUAAUAAAUAUGUUCAUUAACUGUAUUCGUCAUGUGUUUCUGUGACAUUGUUGAAUUCUGCUUCAUAAAAUUUAUUGGCGGUAACAAUAUCAUGAAUAUCAACAAAUUUAUUGUGCGAGGAGACUUAUAAUACGCUGAACGCAUUUAUAUCUACACUAGAAGAGUUUUAUUUCUAAGCUUCUUUUUAAGUUAUCGUGUGAUCAUAUCGAAGAGUCAGCAACAAGGAGUCCAUCAAUAUGAAUGAUGUUCGGGAUAAAGUUGUUGCUGGAUCCUCGUCGUGGGAAACAGCGCCCACCCUCAGUGAUUCUUCUCCAGAGAUCCAGUCGUCGCCUGGCGGCAGCGGCGAGACUCCGCAGACGCCGGGUGCGCCGGCCCCGCUCGCGCCACAGUUCGCUGCUGAACUGCACCCCGACCUGCUGCAGCAGGGCUGGCGGAAAUAUUGGUCGAGGCGAGAAAACAGACCGUACUUUUGGAACAAAAUAUCCGGCGAGUCAAUGUGGGAACUGCCAGCGGUUAAGAGAGAUUUUGAUCCCAUCACGGAUCCUCUCGGAAUUUGCCACACUGGACCCCCCAAUGCUGGCAAUGUAACUCCCAGUGCUAGCAAGCGGCGUCCGUCAGAAGAUAAUGGACCGCCACCGAAAAAGUUUGUCCUUGCGGGCCCGUGGGAUAUUGAAGUACCCACGAAUGUUGUGAUUUAUGAACGCCCUCCUACUAUAUGUCCUCACCCACACCCUGAGAUUGAGGGAUUUCGGUUUACUUUAGCUAAUAAGUUGAGACAGUGCUAUCAGGAGCUAUGUCACACGAGAGAAGGUAUUGAUGCCCCCAAGGAUUCGUUCAAUAGAUGGUUGAUGGAGAGAAAAGUGAACGACCAAGGAGGCUCUGAUCCACUUCUGCCGAGCCACUGCUUUCCGGAGAUAUCUCACUCCAUGUACGAAGAAAUAAUGAACGAUAUACCAAUAAAAUUAACUCAUCCAAAAUUCACGGGAGAUGCCAGGAAGCAGUUGUCACGAUAUGCUGAAGCAGCUAAGAAAAUGAUCGAAUCGAGGAAUGCUUCACCGGAGAGUCGUAAAGUAGUCAAGUGGAAUGCUGAGGAUACCUUUCAAUGGUUGCGGCGUACAGUGGGAGCUACUUAUGACGAUUUUCAAGACAGACUGGCACAUUUGAGAAGACAAUGUCAGCCACAUUUGGCUGAAACUGCUAAGGCUUCGGUGGAAGGAAUCUGCCUUAAGAUAUACCACUUGUCAGCUGAGUACGCUCGUAAAAUAAGAGAAAAGCAUAGCAUACUGUUGAAAGAGAAUGGUAUACAGGAGCUGCCGGCGCCGCUGCAGCAGGCGGCGCUGCGCAAGGUGUGGUGCUACCCCGUACAGUUCGCGCUGCCCGCGCCGCGCGCGCCGCUCGUCGAGCACUUCCUCGACCGCGACCAGGCGCUGCUGCGCUACCUGGGCGACACGCAGGUGCUCAACGCCACCUACCUGCAGAAACUGGAACAACUGUACCGGUACAGCUGCUUCGACGACAAGAAGUUCGAGCAGUUCGUGUCGCGCGUGUGGUGCGUGCUGCGGCGCUACGCGGCGUGGGUGGGCGCGGCGCACCCGGCGGCGCAGGCGCCCGACGCGCACCUGGCGCAGAUGGCGCUGCCCGUGCCCGUGCUGGAGUGCCUGCACCGCUGCUUCGGAGUCAGCUUCGAGUGCUUCGCGAGCCCGCUCGACUGCUACUUCCGCCAGUACUGCUCCGCCUUCGCCGACACCGACUCCUACUUCGGCUCCCGGGGGCCGUUCCUGGAGCUGCGGCCGGUGGCGGGGUCGCUGGUGGCGCACCCGCCCUACUGCGAGGAGCUGCUGGAGGCUGCGCUGCGCCACAUGGAGCGCCUGCUGCAGGACUCGGCCGAGCCGCUCAGCUUCGUGGUGGUGCUGCCCGAGUGGGCCGACCGCCACGCGCGUGCGCUGCACAAGCUGCAGGCUAGCCACUUCAAGCGGAAACAGGUUGUAAUUCCAGCAUUCGAACACGAGUAUCGGCACGGCUUUCAGCAUGUCCUCCCAAAGAACGAAGUGUACUUCCGCUGGGGCGGCGGCACGGUGGUGGUGUGGCUGCAGAACGCGGCCGGCUUCGCGCGCUGGGGGCCCACGGACGAGCGCGUGGAGGCGCUGCUAGACGCGUGGCGCCCGCGCGCCAAGCUGCGCUCGCCGCCGCCCGCGCCCGCACCGCCCGACGACCCGCCCGCCACGCCCGCUGACAAGCGCAGCUAAGCGCGCCGCCCGUACUCCCCGCCGCGUAUGCCUACACGAGCAUGUUUGGCCGACUUAUCGGCGUUUUAUACGAUAAAUUUCUCUUCAUCUUUUUACUACCGUGUGACGCCGGGCGAGUGUCCACCCUUAGGUCUAUCGCACUUUGGAAACGUUUUCGUAAGAAUUUGACUCACUGUGCGCACACGCACGAAUAAUCCCGACUUUCCAUACUAACUUUCACCCAUUUGGAAGGUUCGUGCGUGUUCGUACCAAAACGCCUGCACAUUGCGGUCAGCCCUAGGCCGCGCUUACUUUGCACAUGUACGAUUAACUCUCAUCCAGGGUGAGUCCCCGUUCUCACAUAGUGCUUGAAGGAUGGGGUCGUACGUUUGUGGUCGCACAACCGAAUUUCGUAUGAAAACGCAAGCAAAGUGAGUGGCCUUACGUCGAUUCCAUCUACACACAUGAAAUGCUUUGCAUCAUCAUUCCUCAAACGCAUGGCUGAGGGUUUAGAAUAUACUAUUUAUUCAGCGACCUCCGUUCUCUGCCAAUUAAUUAUCCGGGUAUCUUCAAAACGAGAGUGAAUAGACCUUCUAGGUAAACGCGUUCCAUCUUAGGCAACAUCUUCACUUCUCAUCAGGUGUGAUUGUGAUCAAGCGUGUGCAAAGUGGUUACAGGCUUCGUUCAAAGCUUAUAACGUAGGAUCGAACUCCUCAUUUGCUCACACCUAUGUGUCUGAGUAUAGACGUGAGACCAGACGGAGUCGUAUAUUAAGCCAUAUAUAGACACUGGCACAGGACUCGUGAUAAUCAAUGCGAGUGUGGGCAUAUGCGGCAAGGCUUAAAUCCUGAUACAAUAACACUUAUCUUAAACCGGGUACAGAUUAUUUGCUACACAAUAAGCAAUGCAACGCCAUUUACGUCGCGAAUGAACGCCCAAAGCGUACCGACUACUACACGAGUAAUAUAAAGUGUUCAUCGAAAAGUCGACAUCACAACGCGUAUGAUGCGAAUGCAAGUAAGUAGAUUGUGCGCAGUUUUUAGGAUGUUACGAACACGAUAAAAUGUAUAAGAAAUCAUGUAACAUGUUGUUAAAUAAUCUGUACCCGGACUUACAUCAAGUCACGUCCAUACCUACCAGUAAAAAUUUUCAUUGUGUGUUAAUGGUACGUAAAUUUUAUGCCUCCAAAUCUUUUUCCACAUAAAGACGUCCACACUAAAAAAUAAUAUAUUUUGUGUUUCGGUUCAGUAUCUUUUGCAACACACCGUACUUGGCCGACCGCAUUUUGGAUGCGUUUUCGUACGAAUUUGACCUGUGCGAACACCCACGAAUGAUUCCUUCCCGACCUUCCAUAUACUAUGGGAACGCGCAGACUGAGUGGGGGUUAGUCAUACUUACACCCAGUCUCCCAUAGUGCUUGAAUGGUUAGGAUUGUCCGUGCGUGUUCGCACGAGUCAAAUUCGUACGAAAACGCAACCAAAGUGCGGUCGCCUCAGUGUGGCUCGAUGCUUGCACAUUCAGAAUAAGCUUAUUUUUUACUGCAAAUACAAUUGAUAUUAUCAUCUGGGUUUUGUUACGUUUAGUUACGUUGUCUGAAUGAAGCUCUUACGAGUCUUACAGAAUAUGCGAUCAGUGGUAACUGGUGAUACAUACUUGUGUGACAUCCGGUAAUGGAUUUAAUAAAAUUUAUUUAUUGAUUACAAGUUACAACUACCUAUAUAGUCGAAAUAAUGAUUAAAAUCUACAGAAACCCAUAUUUAAUUACUUAAUUCUAUAGUUAGAAACUUGGAGUUAGUAAGCUAAAACCAGAAAAUGAGGCUAAUUCUGUUGUACGCAAUGUGGCUAAUUCUGUUGUAUACCUACAAUCUCUAAACUAAAAAGACAGAUCUAAAUCUCAUGCGAUGUCCUUUUCCGCAGGAACCAUUAUGAAAGGGAUAGCAAUAUAUUUAGACCUGUAAUUUUAGUUUAGAGAUUGUGUACAACAGAUUUAGCCACAAUAUAUUAUGUAUAUUAACUAAAAUGGCAGGCCUAAUUGUAUUGGCUCUUUCAAAAUGCUGCCUGUAGAAAAGUAUAGUUCUAGAUUGCCUUGUCAAUUUAGCUUAUUUUAGAGAUUGCUUACUGUAGAAUUAGCCACACUAUCUUAUAUGGUCAUAUCUUGACAAUUUUUACUCCGUUCGUUAGGAGGAACGGUAAUUUUAUAUAAGUAAUCGUACAAUUAGGAUUUAAUCUGUACAUAUAGUGCUGUCAGCAAUAUAAGGUCCUGAUAAAUUACCUACCUCAAGUUCUUAGACGUCAUUGUUAUAAUUUCUUUAAGUAUUUGUAUCCAAUUGUAUUCUCCGUUAUUAUGCCCUAGAAGUCAUUUUAACUCCGACAUAUUUACGAGAGAAUGUUAGAAAUAAUAAAGUUUUCGAUGACCUUUCAGCCCAUGUGCAAUGAUAAGAUGGAUGGGGACUUUGGUAUUUUGUUAAAAUAGGUAACAUAUUUAGGCUCAAACUAAAUCCAGCUUUUCGGGAGUUUUUUCCAUAGCAUAAUGCCUAAUUUCCCUGGGCUGAAAGUGUAUAAUUAAGUAAUUUUUUUAUUAGUUGAAAGCGUCUACUGAGCAAGUAAUUUGACAGGACCAAGUUUAUAUAUUUUAUUUUGUUAAGAUCGCUCUUUAUAUAGUGUUUUUGUGGAUGAGAUGAUAAGAUUAUUGUAUUAUGCUUUAAUAGUACCUGCAAAACAACUUGGAAACAAAAGUUAAUAAUAAUUAUAAAUAGUUAUUUAUAUUUUUAACCAUAAUUUGUGACUGUCAUAAAAACUUUUGACUAUAUUAUUUCAAUUUUAAUAA